CGGCAAUCCAUUAGUACCAACAGUCAAAUUUUAACGCCUUGCUUCACACGUUCAACUCGGAUUCAAGCAAGGCUGUAUGUACCUAGGCCAUCAUAAUCACGGGGCUAACGCAUUUAAUCCAAAUAUGCGACAAGGAGUAAUAGUAGCGUUUGUACUAAUUCAGUUGUUAGUAUUUGGAAGUACAACAAGUUUAUCACGGACUGGGAGGCGAGGACGACGUCCAAUUCGGCGAUGUCGAUACCGUGGCACAUACUAUGAUACAGGACAGCAGCUUACGUUUAAUGUACAAACGAAAAGAUUUGAUUGCACAUGCCUUGAUGACGGUAGGCUGGAUUGCACUUGGAUUCAUAUCACGCCUCCCGAAGACGCAAAAUGUGCAGACAGUGUGAGUGGAGAGCUUAAAGAAGUUGGUGACAAAUGGGAAAGAAUAAGAGAUGGAAAAAUAUUCGACUGUGUAUGUAAAAGAGGAUCACUUGGAAUGCAAAUUUCUUGCAGCGACGAAAAUCGUUGUCACCAUGAUGGCGUAUCGUACACCAGAGGUUUUAUGUUCACGACCAGCACAAUCAACGGAAGACGAAUGGUUUGCACUUGUCUCGCGAAGAAGACGUUGGAAUGCCAACAUGAAGAAGUUUUACCUGGUCCGCAGGAAGAUGCACAUUGGGUUGAAGAUUACGUCAUACACGGUGGAAAUGUGCAGAGGCCACAUAUCACGACGUUGCAAGCAUGCAGAACGGGAGCAAAAGUUGUCACUAGCGGUGUUGUAUGGAAUCAAACCAAAAUCAACGCAUUUGGUGUUCGAGUACUGGAGGAAUGUACAUGUACCGACGCAAUCGUCAAAUGUAAAACAGCGCGGAUAAUCGAUAAAAUAGAACCUCAUUGCGUAUCAGCAGAUGGUAGAUAUCGUGAAGUAGGACAAAAGUGGUUAAAAGUUCGUGAACAUUUUCCGAGUCAGCAGUUCGAAUGUUUUUGCAGAGGACACGAAGACGUAUAUUGCAGAAGAGUGCGAAGACCACGGUGCAUUGAUAACAUUGACGGAACAAUCAGAGUAGCGGGUGAAAAAUGGAUCCGAACCCAUGAAACAUUGCCUAACUUAAGAUUUGAAUGCACGUGUCUGAGCAGUCGGAAAAUGCAUUGUGAGGACAUUGGUGAAUGUGACGAACCGUCUGCGCCCGUGAACGGAGCCCUACUAUGUGCAAAUAUAGGAAAACAUGGACCGAAGCAAGUUACUUAUUGCAAACCAAUGUGCCUUCCGGGUUACGAAUUUGUGAAUCCUAUGCGAUACUAUCGAAUAUGGGAAGUGUGUGGUGCAAUGAACUUACAUCGAUGGAGCGGGGGAUUUGUAGACGACCCCAGUGCUAUUGCAAGAUGUACACGACGUAUCGGACCGACAAGACGUGGACAUUCUAACCUGUAUCUCACCACAAAUCGAUGCGACCAACAUGACGAAACACAAAUCGAAGAGCAAAAGUCCCUCUUCUUGAGGCAACUUCAUUUCCGCAGUCUGUGCGGCGACAAAUGCGAAGUAACGCUCUUCAAAUGCGGAAGAAGAGAAUGAACUAUAAAUCGCAUACAGCGGUUAAUGAAAUAUCCAUUUUUCACAUUUAAUAACUAUAAAAGAUCUUAAACUGGAA